AUGGACGCCGCGCUGGCAUCAUUCCAGGCGCGUCUCGCGACCUUUGGCGGAGCAGCAACGACCACGAAGACGCGACGGACCAGCAGCAGAUCAAAAAAGGCAGGAGCAAAGUCAAAAGCCGCUGCGUGGCCACUAACAUCACCCUCGGCACAAGAUCUCGCAUAUGCUGGUUUCGUCUGGAGGCCGACUACCGCCAGCCCUGAUAACGUACAAUGCUUCAGCUGCGAGUGCCAACUCGACGGCUGGGAGGAGUCAGAUAUACCCGCGUAUGAACACGCCACACAUUCACCGAGCUGCGGCUUUGCAGUUAUCGCUUGUAUUCGCCUGCGUGCGGGCGAUCCGGGCAGAACUGAGGAAGACCCGACAUCUGACGCGAUGGUGGCGGCGCGUCGCGACACUUUUGGCGACAUGUGGCCUUUAGACACUAACGCCGGCUACCCCUCGGUCGAUCAGAUGGUUGCCGCUGGGUGGUUCUACGACCCUUCCGAUGAAACCCCAGACGGCGUCACAUGCCCAUAUUGCUCUCUGGCACUAGAUGCCUGGGACGUCGGCGACGAUCCAAAUCAAGAGCACCGUCGCCGCUCACCGGAAUGUCUCUUCUACACCCUCUCCGACAUCUACAACCCACCAGCCCCUGUAGCAAAGAAGGGCAAGCGUGCUUCGAAAGCUAAGAGUGCGUCAGCACGCUCCUCUACCGCGUCAACCGCCAGCAAGAAGGCCACACGCGGCAAGAAGCGCACAAGUGAUGCCAUGGAAAUUACAGAACUCUCUGAAGUGGUACAGCCUGCUUCACGUGGCAAGAAGCGCAUGAGUGAUGCUAUGGAGGACACACAAUUCUCCGAAGUCGUACAACCAGCACCGAAACGCGUUCGAUCUUCUAGCAUCGAAAGCUUUCCAAGUGACUUGCCGGUCGGAACACCUAAGAAGACACCGACCCAGGCCCAGGACAACGUCGCAUCGGAUUUUGAGAUGUCCAGUCUACCUGCUGAUCUCAUGGUCGGUACACCUAAGCGGACACCACCACCUCAGAGCGAGGCAGACGAGAUGGGCAACCCUCAUGGAUGGGAGCCGGCUGAUGUCGACAUGCUGUUUGCUUCCCAGGGAGACCCCCAGAGUCUUAUGCACGAUAUCCUCAUCGAUGCUGGUCUCGACAAUAUCGAAACUGCUGGCUCUACACCUGAACAAAUCUACGAUGCAGUCAUGGCAGGUCUAACAGAUCAGGAAAAGUCUAUGACAAUCGAACAAUGGGUUCUAUACAACGCCAAACGAGGCGAGGAGAAAUUGCGCAUGGCCUGCGAACGGCAACUCAUGGCAUUUGAGGCGGAGGGACAACGGGCAAUGGCUGUCUUGGAGGCCAUUCCUACAAUUUGA